CUCAGUCCAAAUCGCGCAGCUGCCCCCUACAGUUUGGUGCGCGGUUAAUCGAAAACGCACGAAAAUACGCGGAGUUUCAGAUGCGGCGAAAACAUUUCGAUCUUGUUGGUUCGUUGUCGUUCUAGAUAUGAUAAGAGCCAGCAGAAAAAAGGAUCGCAUUGAUAUGCCACGAUGCGAACGGUGGGACGAAAACACGCGUCAUGUUCAAUUGGAUUGUUAUUGACGCGAGGGUUGGUUGCGCGGCCAUGCCAGUCGUCGGGUGAACGUCUUAGUCGGCAGAUGGCGCGGCGUUCGUUUCGGUCCACCCUGCCUGCGCUGGAAUGCCCUCAGCGAGGAGCCUGUCGACGCUGCCGUCUUUCGUGGAGCUUUUUUCCACGCCACGAUCAGGUGACUGGGCCAAGGCCCUUUUUGGACCUUACGACUCGUUUCCUAACCACUAACGGACAUUCGUGAGCGGACGUGUAAUCGCGGAAACGGAUACGAGAAGGCGCCAGCCGGGUGGUCCACUUUACAUGUACGGAGGUGCUGUGUUGUGUUGUGCACCAGAAGGCGGUUCCAGUGCACUCUAUACUUUGAUCAUAUCUCAUCGUUCCAUCUCGCUGUUCGAUAGUGUGAUUCUAUCCGAUAUCCUGUGUUACUAAGUUCUACCUAAGAGCUGUGUUUAAACGAUCGACGAUUAUUAGCCGCAAGAAGAGGACGCGGCAGGCGACCGAGUUAAAGCAGAACACGGGAGUGUCGUCCACCAUUUUGGCUGCGCGAGGUUAUUCGAUGUGUGCACCAUUCUCAUUACACGUUCCCUGUUUUCGUAUUUCGCAUCCAAUUGUAUCAUUCAUGAUGUUAAUCGAAUUGUCGUUCGAAUCGAGAGACGAUCGUAAACAGUGUACGAAGAGAUAAUUCCUGGAGGAUGAUCUCUUAAAAGUUGACGUUAAAUGGAGCAAGGCGAGGGCUGUUUUUUUGUUAAUCCUCGAUGCUGUCAGCUGGUCGUCUCGAAGUGUGACGGUGAUAAAAAUUGAGAAAAUUCGUGGACGUGGAAUUCGACUUCUGUGUCAUCUUAUACGUGUUACGAAUGAUCGUACGGGAAGUAAGAAAUGUUUCGAAGAAUAUCGUGAAUCUCUGAAGUAAAUCAUAGUGGAAUAGAACGAUGUCGCUGGAAAGUGGGUUACUAUAAGUGCCGUCCCUGCUGUUGGUGAAAAUUGACGUUCACAGGGAUAUCCUGUGCCUCGUAAUCGUUCAUCCUACACACUCGUUUACCCUCUGCUGCUUAUCACGUGAAUACUGACGAAUUCGCGUAGAUAAUUUUAGUGCAGCUGAUCAGGAACGACGUGUUUGAGGGAGUCAGUCUGUGUGAAGGAUCUCGAGUGCUAUUAACCUCGUUUCGUGGCCACCUCGCGGCGGAACAAUUCUCGUUUCGCGAUUUUUCUUUGGACUUACGUUCUCGAGGUGCGCGUUUUAACGUGAUGGGAGAUGGGCGGCGCGAUUAACGACCAGGAACCUGCGGUGGGGCGAGUACAGGAAUCGUGGCGUUCGGACACGAUCUACAUAGCAGAGAUAAACAGUGGCGGAGGGAAUGGUGAAGAGAAAAGAAGGAGAGGAUGAACUUGUUAUAAAGCUGCCGCGGACGAGACGAAACGACACGAUGGAGACCAAGUGACUGUAAUAUUCUCUCGAUCUCCUGGAUGGGAUCGUAGGGCGUAGUUUCUAGAUGUAUCGUGCGAUUAUUCGACUGAAGUGAACUGGUUUUUGGUGUGCUCUGCGAUCAGUGCUCCGAGUGUGUGCAGGUUUUUGUCAACGUUUUGACGAGGAUUACGUGUGCUACGCACGUUACAUCGGCCCAUCAGAGACAUAAUUCUUGGCAUGCGUAGGCCGAAGGAGGAAGCAGGGGGAGAAUUGAACAGGACCGAGGAGCAUGGCGUAGUGCUCGUUUUGGGGGUUGCUGGGAGAUCAAAGGACGCGAAAGAGGGUCUGGCCGCUCUCGAGCGGUUCGAGAGCCGGUGAGCAUCGCGACGGGGCGAGCAACCCCGUUGCCUCGGCCAACGUCUAACAACCCUCCCGUCUGUCACUGUCGACGAACAACAGAACAGAUGUCCUGACAGCGGGCCCCGGGCCACCAGGAUGCCGACAGACGACGACUAUGGCCGAAGAGAACGUCUCCUACUGCACCAACAUCCGAUCCCUCAAUACGGGUCCUCGUCAUCUCCGGUUCCAGGAUCGAACGCCGGAACGUCCGGAAGUGUCGGUUCCCAGAUCGGUUCCACCAGCUCCUCGGAUUGUUAUAAGCCAACGGCGCAACAGCAGCAAACUGAUCUGCGAACGAAUGGAUCGAACGUCACCGUUGGUCAAGAUCGUUACCAGUCCGAUCAGUCCUCUCAAGGGAACGAGCACGUCGAUUAUGGAGGCCGUGAACGAAUGUCAGGCAUCGAGAGGCAUGACAAAUCAACGGACAAGCCAACGAUCGACGAUUUCCCAAAGUCCUGCGCGGAAACGCGUUCGAUACAGUCAAGUUGCGAGCGAUUCAGCCAUUAUCAGAAUCAAGAGAGAUUCGGUCAGCCCUCUUUGCAAGUCCACCACCAGUUUACCCCAGGGAGAUCAACCGCGUCUGGACAAUCGUUGUCCGGAAACGUGGUUCUGGCCGACCGUUUUCCACGAUUCAACGAGCUCACCGGUCUCCACGGUGAGCAGAGAUUGUCCUUGGCCCCAAGCGAACGCUUUCAACCGGCCACCAGCACCGAGCUUCGAUUCCAUCAUCCCCCUAACGAGCUGGUGUCAACCGGAAACGAAUACGCGAAUACCAAUAUCUUGGUAUCGGGCUGCGCGACCAGUCCAUUUUCAUCAGAGACGUUCCCCUCACCGCCAUCACCGGCACCAGCGAACGACCGUUUCGUUCCACCGCCGCCUCUGUCACCUAGCCCAAGCGAGAAAUAUGCCUCGACCCAGAGUCUGGCUGGUUAUCCUGCUGCUGAUAGGAUUCUGCCCCCAGGUUCUCCAAGCACCAGAUAUGGCAGCGGCACGGCACCAGCUUCACCGAUGCCAACUAAAGAACGAUUCUCUUCGGCGGAACGAUUACUGGCCAAUCAACAAUCGUCGAGUUCCAUGCACGAGCCCAAGGAUCAGCAACGAUACGCUGGAACCAGUGAUCGCUUGCUGUCCGGAUCGUCGCCGGUGCUUGGAAGUCUACAAGCCAGUCUACAAGGGGACAGGGGUGGUAUAUAUACCACGAGCAAGGAUUCGUCCGGAUCGAGAUACGGUGCUAUUUCGACGGACCGAUUACUCUCAUCGUCACCUAUACAUGCCCCAGUGCCAGAGAGGUUCGCCAGCAAGUCGACCGAUCGGUAUCUCGGCGAGUCGCCUGUACACGAACGAUACCAUCGACAGGAAUCGACAUCAGCCAUUCACCACGAUCGUUACUCGACGAUAUCGUCCAGUGCCGAAAGAUUCCUCUCCAAUUCACCUAAUCCCGAGGCCUCUCAUCAGCGUUACACGUCGACGGAGAGGUCACUGCAGGUAUCGUCUAGCAGCAACGAACAGAGGCGUCUGUAUACCGAUCGAGGCGUCGAAACGGUUUGUCAGAAGUAUACAGACAGGUCCAGCGGAUCCCCCGCGCCCACCGACUUCAACAGAUACUCCACAUUCCAGGAAGUUGGAAACACCCAGUCCAGAUAUGUCAGCACCAACGAUCGUUUCAACGAUCUCGCGAUACAGCGCUGCGGUCAGUCGCGAGCAAACGAUCGAUUCUGUGUAUCAAACGAUCGUUAUCUCGCCAAUUCGUCACCAGGACACGACGGAAGACUGGCUAACAGCGACGCAACCAGGUACGUCGUCUCGGGAUCAUCGACGGAACGUCUGCUCUCCGGGACAUCCUCUUCGUCCUCUUCUUCAACCGACACGGUCGCCCGGUAUCACUCUUCCUACACGAACACAGCAGCCACCCAGUCCACCACUUCCAAUGAUCGUUUCACCUCCGUCUCUCCCACUCCUGAAACAGCCAAUACCAAUCUGCGGUCAGCAACAGGAACUGGAACAACCGGUGGCACAGGGAGUUCCGGAUAUCAGGGUACGACAAAAAGCAGCGUCGACAAAUAUCUUCAGGUGUCAAAGUCUGUGCAGAGCUACGGGAACGAUCGCUAUACCAAUCCAGGCGAUCAGUUCGACAGGCUCAGCCAGGAUCGUUACGACAGAUUCGCCAAUCCUGUCAGCACCACGGAUCGCUUCACACCUUCGUCCGGGACUCCUGAUCGCUUUCAUUCUGCCACUGAUCGAUACUCUCCUGUACGCGCCGCGGACAAGUAUCUAUCCUUGCCGAAACCCAAGGAUCGAUACACUGGUCGCAUAACACCGAUCUCGUCUUGUGGUACUUCGGUGGUUGCCACGUCGACCGAUCGAACUUAUGGCUCGACUAGCGCAACAGGAAGCUAUGUUCCGCCAACCGCGCACACGCCUGUCGAACGAUACGUGCCUCAACCACCUCCGGAGGUUCUCUACCCGGACAGAUAUGUCGACAGAUACGUACCACCCUCUGCACACACGCCUACCGAUCGUUAUGUGCCCACCAACGAUCCAGGUGAUCCAUACAUGAGACGAGAUCUUGGAUUCCAUCAUCAUUAUCGGCUACCACCGCCUGCCGGCUACCCAUACCAUCAGUCUCAUUUCCGACUUCGCGGUUUCGCGUACGCAUCACCAGGUCGUCUUGGUGGUAGCCCUGGUUCCAGUAGUUCGAGUAGCUCGGCAUCUAAUCAGAGAGAUGGCUUCUCAAUGUCCCCGCUGCUCAGACCCAAGGUCCGUGCCUCUGCGGUCGAGUUCCCGACAUCGUCUACUGGAGUUGUUGGUCGUCACGUGUGUACUAACCCACCAUCUUGUUGCAACGAGGUAUCUGCAAAUGGAAGAGCCUGUUGUCAGGCGAUUAGAAGGUCUCUGCCGCCGGGGGCGUUGCCGUCGAUACCCACGCAAUCUUCCUGGCAACCAUCGCCAGGGUCCGGCACAACCGGCACAUCCACGGUUUCUUCGAGUGCCCCCGAUGGAGAAAAUGGCCAGAGCAUCAGCUUGUACCCGGUGGGAAGCGUGGGUCCAACAUCAACGAACCCAACAACUGCUGCACCAAUCACAACCACAGCAACGAUAUCCUUGGCCACCCCUGGACCCAGAACCCAAGAAUCUGGGCCAAGCAUCACAAGAAGCGUAUCAGCACCCACAGCACCCAGGCCAGUCGUUCAGCUGGCCAGCACUUCCAGCAAUCCUGGCACACAGAAACACAGAUUGAGGAGGACUAUGAGUCGCACCGAGGCUAUCAGGAACUACAUCAGACGCGAAACAGCACAAUUCUUCGGCGUGGACGAGGAGUCCGAGGCUGUGGAGAGACAAAGAUGGUUGGAUCGAAGACGAAGAAUGGCAUCGAGGAAAUACGGUGCCCUUGUUCCGGAACACAGACCGCCGGAUCCUGAUAUUACCAGGGACGUGCCAGAUACUACCGAGGUGCCAGAAGGUGUUACAUUGAGGAGAUGGCAGCAACCAGUCAGACGAAAAGAUUCUGUGGCCAGAAUGACACUUUCGGGGCUUCAUUACGUCGUCGAGUCGUUGAGAAGACAACGGCGAGAAGGAUCGCAAGUCAGACCCGAGUCACGAAGCUUCCCACCGAGCGUAAUUGACUACAUGUCGAGGUCAGAGGCGGCGACGUCCCCGGAAAGCGGUCAGGAUGAAGAGGAGUCCUUCUUCGACAGGCCACCGCCACCCCCGCCGCCGCCUCCGCCACCGCCUUCGCAACAAUCGCAGUCUCAAAUCGAACAGGGGCUCGGUGGUUUAGUGAAAGAUGACGAGGACAGUGCAAAAGUCGCCGAUCUACUUGAAUCUGCGGGCGACAGAGAAACAUCCGAGGAAUUGGUUAGGUUUGCCUCGCAGAAGGAUGACAGGACGACGGUGGAUGGACAGGUCAGAAGAGCUCGCCACAUUUCGAGGGACCAUUACAUUUCAAGAAAAACGAGUUGGGGCAGGUCGAGGUUGGGUUUGAGUUCGAUGAUACCGCCGGACGAGGGGGUGACGCUUAGAAGGGAUUUGACCGGUGCUACGAGAAUUUCACCGAGUACCAUCGACCGAAUAUUCGACAACAGUAACAGACGACAGUAUGGCAUGGGUAUCGUUGGAAGAUUUUUGGGGAGAUCUUUCCGAAAGAGCGUGUCUCAGAAACCAGACGUCAGAAGGCAACUGGACGACUUCGAAGAUCAUCGUCCGUAUUUUACGUAUUGGAUCACCACCGUUCAAGUUCUUAUUUUGAUAAUCUCGUUAGCGUGUUAUGGUUUUGGACCUGUGGGCAUGGAUCUUAGUCACAGAUCGGGCUUGGUUCUUGUGACCAGUCUGUCGUUGCAACAAGUGGACUACCAGGAACCAGCGAAUUUCUGGUUUGGUCCAAGGGCCGCGGAUUUGAUUCAUCUGGGCGCGAAGUUUGCACCGUGUAUGCGUCGCGAUAUUAAAAUUUUGAAGGAGAUCGACGUCUGGCGGGAAAGAGAACGGGACACCGCAUGCUGCAUCAGAAACGACGACUCUGGCUGCGUGCAAUCCAGCAAAGCGGAUUGCUCUGUCCGGGGAUUGAGAUCGACUGCCACGAACACGAUAUCCACAUGGAAAAAAUGGGGACCUGGGGACAGUGGACCGGGAGGACGCAUAAGCGGAUCGGUUUGCGGGUUGGAUCCAAAGUUCUGCGACGCUCCAGCUAGUAUAGCACCUUACGAAUGGCCUGAUGACAUCACCAAGUGGCCCAUCUGUCGAAAAACUAAUCCGUUUAAUCAACGGUUUAGUAGAAACGGGAGUCAACGAAGCAAUGGAAAUUUCCCAGUAAGCCGAUACAAGGACAAGAUGGCAGAGCAUAUGGUUUGUGAGGUGAUCGGUCAUCCCUGUUGCAUCGGUAUUCACGGAAUGUGUCGCAUUACCACCAAGGAAUACUGUGAUUUCGUACACGGCUACUUCCACGAGGAGGCGUCGCUCUGUUCCCAGGUGGAGUGUUUGCACGAUGUCUGCGGUAUGAUACCAUUUCUUCAUCCCGAGUGGCCAGAUCAGUUCUAUAGACUCUUCACCACCAUGUUUCUUCAUGCUGGAGUUCUUCAUCUGUCGAUCACGCUAAUGGUUCAGUAUUUCUUGAUGCGGGACUUGGAGAAGUUAACUGGCUCGCUGCGUAUCGCUUUGAUUUAUUUUAUCGGCGCAUUAGCUGGAAACUUGGCCAGUGCGAUAUUCGUUCCUUACAGAGCAGAGGUGGGGCCAGCAGGGGCGCACUUCGCCCUUCUCGCCACGUUGAUCGUCGAGGUGCUGCACUGUUGGCCGAUGCUAAAGCAUCCUCGCCGAGUCCUGUCGAAGUUGAUCUUCGUCCUUCUAGGCCUGCUAAUUCUCGGCAUGCUUCCAUGGGUGGACAACUACGCUCAUCUGUUCGGUUUCAUCUUCGGUUUCCUGGCGGCAUACGCGUUGAUGCCGUUCAUCUCAUUCGGCCACUACGACCGUCGCCGCAAGAUUUGGCUAAUUUGGAUCUGCCUGAUCCUCAUCGUCGUCCUGUUCACCCUUCUUCUAGCCCUGUUCUAUAACGUGCCAGUGUACGAGUGCGAGGUGUGCAAGCUGUUCAACUGCAUCCCGUUCACACGUGACUUUUGCGCCUCGCAGAACAUCAACUUCAAACGGGAGGAACCCGUAUGACACACGGGGCCGUGUUUCGAAGUCGAGUUCGAACCAUCAUUCCACAUAAUCCGGAAUCAAACGAUGAUACCCUGCGCUCGUUUAAUCGCGCUGGCUCUGGUGUGGAGUUUAAACCGGUGCAAAAACGAUCAUCACGAUUGAAGAAGUACGCGAGACCACAAGAUCAACACGAGCCUUGGAUGACUUGAUGCGUGUUACUGUAUCAAGGAAUCCAGAGAUACUCAUCCCAGACGAACGACACUGCCUUAAAGUAAAAUAACUCCACCUGGGAUCCUCGAGGCCUCUUUUAGCCAAUGGACCCUGUACGCUCCUUGGUGGGAUGUAAAUAUUAGAGAAGAGAGAAAAAAAAAAAAAAAAUAAAACAACGCGCCUUUAACGUAACGCGACCAUCGUUCUCGACGAUCGUGCUUUGAGGGUGGAUGCAUUGAUCCAAAGCGAAGAUGAAAGUGAAACGUUCGUGAUAGAACAAGACAGAAUAUUUGUGGACGAUUUGCAAGAGUGUUUUACGACGAAGCGAGGACGAGAUCGUUGGAGAGCGGGAAAGUCUUCUCACCCUCUCUUCGAACGUUUAACAAAAAAAGAAAGGAAAUGAACACGUGUACAUAGAACGAAGACUCUUGUUACAUAUACAUAUACAUACAAGCGUAAGAACGACCUUAAUAAAUUUAAUUUUAGAGAAAGAAAAAGAGGGGUAGAGAUGAAAGGGGCAAGGGAACGUUGAAAGUGUUUAGCAGCCCGUACCUCUGACGUUGGAACUAUAUCUGUGAUGGGCGAACACGAUUGUCUUUGAGAAUAUUUUUCAUAAUACGUUAAGCGGUGCAACAUCUUGGAAGGAGAUCUUACGCUGGUUACGAACGUAAAUUGAAUGAGCUUAACUCUCUGAAAGGUCAGGCUGGUGAAGGUGGUACGAUUAAUGAAAACGGAUUGGAGCGACAUUCGAGAAGAAAGUGUUAACGAUAAGUAUAUAUCCGGUGAAGAUUUUAAUCUUCAAAAAAAGAAAAGGGGGAGAAAAGAGUAAAAACGAAUCAAUUUUUUAUAAAUGGCGUGCGAGAGCGGGAGAAAGUGAGCAAGGGAGCGCUUAUCAGUGAACACUUAAUCAAUUUCCACCUUGUACAUAAUUAUAGAUGCGAGAAGAAUCGGCUGGAGAUAGAAACGAGGUAGGGGUUGAGGAAUGAAGGAGAGAAGGAUGGACGAGAUAUGCAGAAGAGCGAUUAAAUUGCGCUAAGGUAAAACAAGCAGAGAGAAAGAAAGAGAGUGAGAGAGAGAGAGAGAGAGAGGGAGCGGGAGAAAGAGAGAGAAUAAAGAUGAAACAAAGCAGCACUGUGACAUUCGCGAAUGUGUAUUUUAUUAUAACGGGUAUGUAAAUGUAAGAAACGAAGAAAGAUUGUCUGAGAGAAGUGGAAGAAUGAAUCUGUUCUUGUCUGCGUCUUGUCGCGUGUAAACGAUGAUUGAGUAUGUACACACGAGGAAAAAAUAGCAAUAGCGAACGUGAUGUGCCACAACGUGGAGAUCGUCGCAAAAAUAAAUGUGAAAGUGAUUCAAGGUAGAGAAGAUAAAAAGAGGAGUAAGAGGAAAAGAAACGCGUUUCUUCUAUAAUGUCGUGUCGCGCGUUCAACCAUUCGUGAUCUCUCAUUCAUUCUAACGUAGCAUGCUCGACGAGGAAGUAGAUUAGGUUUCGUCGACGCAGCUACGUCGAUUGGUUUUCAUGGGAAUCAUAGAAACAUGCCGUAGAAGGAAAGUGUGCUUUCUGCUUCGUAUUUGCACAUGUGUUCAGAGGAAGUUGAAUUUGACAAUUUCAAAUGUCGAGGUUCUGAAACACAGCUAUAUCUCCUAUUAUUCCUUCGUCUUCUGAACUUAAUCUGAAAUUAUCGUUCGUACGUUAUAAAAUUGAUAGAAAUUACUUCAUUUAACGAUAAAUGUGAUAUUGCUUUUUUCAUAAUACAUAUCAAAAUGUCUCAUUGAUUCAUGUUUUUAUAUACACUCAGUGAAUACCAGUCAAUUAGUUUUGGAUUAAGAAUAAUCGUCGCGAAACCUUGAAGCACUUGUUUCUAUUUAUUAAAGAAAGUAGAGUACAAUAUCGUUUAAAUAUUUUAACGAAACAGAGGACUGAAUCAGAAGCAUCGUUUCCUUCUCUCAACAACAAUUCCUUCGUACAAUUUUUAAGAACGUAAUAAGUUAUACCAUGUUGAUUAUGGAUUCUUAGCGUUCCUUUUUUCGAAUUUCGCAAAGGCAUGGUUUUCUAUCCUCGUAUAUAUUGAGCAUGCCACGAGAAAAUCAGUGAUCUGUACACGAUAAUUGUAAUCGUCGGAAUGAGUAAAUAUAUUCGUAAUCGCUCGUGAAUAAGUGUAAUGUUAAUUGGAGUAACGCGAACAUUAUCCCGAGAUAUAAAACGCACUUUUUUAAAAGAAAAAGAAUGAGAAAAACGAAAAAAAAAAGAAACGAACGCGACUCUACGAUGAUAUAUUAAACAGCAUGUAACGAUUUAAUUAUUCUUCAUAUAACCGACAAACGAUUUUUAUACAUUUCCCUGCGUAUAAUGUAUCGCUAGCGCUUGAAGAGUCUCAAAAUUUAUAGCGAAAAUAAACAUUUUCUUUAAUUUUUUAUCGGCAAUGCUUAGGAAGAGAUGAAGGGGAAUCAACGUUAGUUUAAAGACACUUUACCUUCUGGCUUGGAUAUACUCGGAUAAAAGGUAUAAACGUAAAGGAACCCUUAAGCAAGAAGAAUGUUUGAAAGUACAAUAAAAGCCGCAGUAUCGGUGAUUCAUUUUUACUUUAAUUUACUCAAUUUCUUUGAAUAUAAUAAAGUCAGAGUGCAACCUCCUCUGUGAAUUAUGGCAAAUGCGACAAUUACGAUAAUCGAAAACCAUGCUCGAUGAAGAGGAAAGGGAAGUUUAUUCGUCGUGAUAUCUCGACCAAAUCUCGACUUGUGUAUUUUCAAUUGAAAAUUUCGCGUAUACCUUCAUGCUUCCUUGUCGACUGUUUUUUACCGUUUGUCCGACCAGGCUACGCACAAGUUUCCGCCACACAAAGCCACAUUAACGACCGGUCGGCACGAAUUCACCUGUUUCUAUGUGAAGGAAUCAACAUUAUAAAACGAUUAAGCGAGAAUUAAUGAAAGGCCAGCCCGCUUGUUCUCGCGGCGGUGGUAAGAACACUGGUUUUUCUCUUUCGUAAAAAUUAUCGUUAUCUUGAAACGAGCUCCUAAAGCUCGAUUACGUUCGGCAAGAAAUAUCCGAAAGUCGAUCAAGCGAACUUGUCCCUAACGCGUGUAAUACGUUCAGUUCUAUUAGAGAUUCUUUUCGGAAUAUCUGAGUUUGAGUGGCCGUAGCGAGUGGCCACACGUGAGGUAAUUAGUUGGAGGAAUUUUUUCAGCUUGUAGAAAUUUCUUUUUACCAGGAAUUCUUUUUUAAUUCACUUUCAAAGAGAAUACCUUUGUGCAGAAAAUUCUUUGUUCUCAGAGGAGUACCUUUUUUAAGAGAAAUUCUCUUUUCAAGCGAUCGCCUUUUUAGGAUGAAUUCCGCUUUAAAGGAAUACCCUUGGUAAAGGGAAUCCUUUUUAAAGAAAUUUUUACGAAGAAUCUGUGAAAUACGAAAAAUAUCGAGGUACAUGAAAUCGAAAGAAUGCAACAAAAUUUGAAUAGAAUCCGCUUAAAUCGUAAUAUACAAGCAUAAAUUAUUUCUUGCCAAAUUUUUACGAGAGGGAGAUUUUUAACUGCCUGCAAAUGUAAUAAAAAAUAAUACAAAUUUCUACGAGUAACGAUGGGGAUAGAGACAAUUUAUUCGACCACGCACACGAUAUUUGUAAUUUGCAUCGAUCACGCGUGAAUCGCAUCCAACGAGACAGUUGUCCGUAUACGCAUCAAUGACACGUACACGCAUGAUACUACGUGCAAAAAAGCUCUAAUCAUUUUCUACUCCGCCGUUAAUUUUCCAUAGACAAACGCAAAAUGAAACUUUUGCUAACCGAACCCUGCACUGGAUUGAUUUUUCUCAUCGUACCGAGGGAAGGUUGGAAAAUCGUGUCCAGGCUUUCAUGUAGAUUCAUUUCAUUCGCGUGACGAACAUACGCCGGCAAAUGUAAAAUAGAAUCAUUAAAACGGGACGGAUCAUUAAAACGAAUUAGAUUGAAAUAUCUCAUUUCCAAUGGACGCAGGCAAUUAAACGAUUCGAAUUACGCAACAGCGAGUCCUGGCUCGGAAUUUUAACCUCCCCGAUUCGUACACUAAACACGCAUUAACAAAUUACACUGAGUCGAAACGAUACAUUGACGUUGUGUUGUGUGAAAGGAAAGAAAAAUGAUACGUCGUUCUAUGGUGGAAAAUAUUACUGUAUUCCUUGGUUUUCGUGCGGUGACAUUUAUAUCGCAUAUCUUCUCUCUUUGGAAGAAGCACAAUAUCAAAUUUUUUAAUCAAUAGGAAAUCACAGCGAAUAUUUCAAUGCACGUUUCCAAUAUUCCAUUCCUCCAAGGAAGAUGAUACAAUUUUCUAAAGCCGAGAUCUCAAAUUUUUAACUCAUCAGUUAUUAGAUUCUAAGCUCGAGUAAAAAGCUGUAAUAAUUAUAAACGUCGUAUAAAUCAUACGUAAUUACGGAAAUAAUCAAAGCAAAGAACGAUGCAUUUCAACUUUAUUUAAACUUCCACUAAAGGAAGAGAGACCGCUUGAAGCUCAACACGUUCGUCGUUAUAUUUUAACAAAUUAAAUCCGGAUGGAAUACAGCGAUAAUUUCAUCAGUGUAUCGUUUUAUUUUCCCAUGUGUAACGCGAAAGAAGUUAAAGUCGAUCUGCAUCGCGCGAGGCCAUUGUCACGAACGAAACAGCCAUUAAUCGGAUCGCAACGAAUCGUAAUUGUUACUCGACGAGAGCAAGAGAAUUUGAUUGACGAUUUUGUGAGAGAAUUAUAAACAGCAAGGAUGCAAAAAGCGUGAUAAUUCGGAUGUUUGACGACGCAUUCGAGAAACUUUGUGAUAAACAAUCGAGAAAAAGGCGAGAAAAAGACGAAAGGGAUAGAAAGAUGGGGACGAUGAUGAAUGAAAUGAUGGAGGGGGUCCAGGACCUUUGAACACUCAGAAAUACAUACACGGAAAAUACAUACACAUAGACACUACCGAUACAUACACACACACUGAACUUUUUCGGAUUAUAUAAAUAUAUAAAUAUAUAAAUAUGAGUAUAUGAAUAUAACACGUAUACAUAAAGAAGAAAAAAAAAGUACGAAUUAAGGACCGAGGUGGACCGAGGUGGCGAUUGUCGACGAGUAACAUAUUGUUAUUAUUGUAAAUGUGUCAUAUACAGGUAAUAGCAUGUCAUACAAAAGAGAGUAUGUGUGAGUGGGUGAAUGAGAGUGAGGAAGGGAAAGAGGUACAUGAAGCAGUGAAAUUGAGACGGGGGGAAAGAAAAUCGAGUGAAAGAAAUCUGAGAAAUACCUUCGAUAUUUCCAUAUCGAUCACGGCGAGGUGGAAUAUCGUCUUUCGCCUGUGGGGACGAUCGGAGUCGACUGUGUUACGUUUCCCUAACUUACGGAGAGAAAUAAAACGUUACGAGAGCGAUGGACGAAGCAAAGAACGGUCGCAUAAAAAUAAUGAAGUAAUCUUUUCGAUCAUCGUGCAAUUUAUUAAAUGACUUUUAAUUGCUUAUGAAAAAUGAAGCUGUAUAUAACAGUAAGGAAAAAUACGAUACCUGCAUUUCGCUAGAAUUGCGAUGAUUUAAAAAAUAAUAGUUCCACUGUCUCUGACAAUUCUUCUAUCCUCACGCGAUGAAACGGUACUUUCUCAGACUACGAGAUGUUCAGCUUCUUUUCAAAAUUUCACUAAAUACAAGUUCUUUGCCAGAGCGAUUCGAUUAAUAAAAAUCAAGACUCUCGUAGCCCGAACCUAUCUGUCUCCGUAGGCGUGGCAUCGUCUCAAAAAGUGCUUGACAACGUUUAAUUCGACGAAGAACCAUCCGACGUAGAGAUUGUAUUCGUUUGAACUACUUCGACUAAUAUGUCCCUCGAUGAAAAACAAAAAAAAAAAAAUAUAUAAAUAAUAAUAACAUUAAUAAAAAGAAAGAUGGACAAAAAGAUACGCGAGUUUCCCGAUCUACUUGUCGACGUGUGAAAACGAUUUAUAUACACGGAGGUCCUCUCGACGAUUCGCUCUCGAUCCGCCAUGAAGAGAAUUAAUUUAUGCAUACAAACCAAAUAAAGUAAAAUAAAUGAAAAAAAUGGGGAGAAAGAGAGGGAGAGAAAGAGAGUAAGAGAGUAACGUGGUAAGGCACGCACCAAAGAGAAAUAAAAGAGAAAAAAAAGAGUAAUAAUGUCUUGUAAAUAAAACGUAUGCGUCGAAAAUGGACCAAGGACCUAAAUAGUGCAGCUCGUGUAAAAUUGAUAUCCCGAUCUCGCUAAUCACGUAGACGAGCUCGGCUGGUAGGAUCGUUAAGUAAAGCUACAAUUUAUCCUAACGUUGUUUAAAAAGCGAUGUGGAAAGCAUCGCGACAUUACGGUCUGGAAUUUCCUGUGCAUCGAUCCUGUCGCGGAUAUUUCGUGUUUCUUACUCCUUGGAAAGAACAGAUAAUUUCGUGCAAACUUGAUCUUCGUUUAGUUAACAAGGCAAAAGAUUUGAGUUUCGAUGAAUUGCAAACUUCAUUGUGUGUAUGUGCGUGGUGUGUACUGUGUGCGCGCGUGUGUCGUUUAGAAUUUUGAUAUAUAAUUAUAAGCAGUAUCACUGUAAAUUGUACAUUGUAAAUUCCAUCGUCUUUUAAAGUUCUAAUUCGAUUAUUAUAGAUUUGUUAUCUUGUGGAUUUACAUUGCUGUCUAGGAAUUUUCAGCUUUUUUAACUUUCUUAUUCUCGACAUAAAAGGUCUGUGUAUCGUUAAAAACAUUGCAAGGAGAGUUAGGAGGAUGCAAAGGUUUGUUAAAAGGUUUUUACGAUACUUCAGAUAUUCAAAUGAAAUUCUUGCAAUAGCUAGCUCGUUGCCUCAAUAUUAGAAAUAUAUAUUUCCAAACGAUAGAUACAUUUCGAUUCGAAAGCUUCGAUAUGUUGUUGUAUCUUUCGUCAAAGUGGCAAUAGUAGAAAUAUGUAAUGGAAUAAUUGAAGUCCUCCCUGAUUUGUCGAUCGAUGAAAUUACAAAAUUAUAGAACUCUAUGAAUAUUUCAGAACGAAUCCGAAGAAAACCGAUAUCCUACAAUGACAAUUAGAUUUAAUUAAUUUCACAAACGGAAGCUAAUGUUUCAAGUGUUCAACCAUUCUCGAGACGAAUAUGAAGAUAUUUUACAGCAAAGAGGGAGGACACUUUUCACGAAGUAAAAGAAUAUUAGAUAUUUUAUCCAAACGGAAAGUCGUUUGUUCGCGAUUGGAUCGUUGCACGCUAGAUCCUGGAUCGUGACUGAAAACUCGAUACCGGAGACAGAGCGAAUCUGUGCGAGAGCAAAUUUAUUCUAAUGACAGUCCUCGAUCCCCUUUUAUAUAUAUACAUAAAUAUAAAUAUAUAUAUACAUAAUAUACUUUAAGAAGAUUCCACCACAGCCGCGCGGUAUUAUUUUUCUGUAUCCCUGUAUCUAUAACGAGUGAUAUAAGCGUUAAAAACAAAAGAAACAAAAGAAAAAAAAGAAGAUAAUGAAACCACGAUGGACUAAGGGUUACGAGUAAUAACGACUGUACUAAUUAAACGAUUAAUUACUUAUGAAUUACUUCGCCAGGUAUUUUUUCGGUUUCAUCUAGUAAUCGGUAAGGUUUUCGAUUACGAUUAUUAUUACUGAUCAUAAACGAUGCAUUGUAAUUGUCGCUGUUAUAUACAAUACAUACAUACGUGCGUAUAUAGACGUAUACGAUAUGUGCACGCGUGCGCACACGCGCGCGUCAUUUACACGCCUGUGCACAUAUGUAUAUGUGUAUAAGUCCUUGAACAACACAUUAAUUUAAUAACAAUAAAGAAAAACGUGAAACUCA